AUGGCUACCGUUAACAUUCGCCGCGAUGUGGACGACAAGUUCUAUCGCUACAAGAUGCCGGUUCUCCUUACCAAGAUCGAGGGCCGUGGCAACGGCAUCAAGACGGUCGUGCCCAACAUGGAGGACGUUGCGCGCGCCCUGAACAGGCCGCCCUCUUACCCGACCAAAUUCUUCGGCACCGAGCUCGGUGCGCAGACCACCAUGGCGAACGACCGUUACAUUGUGAACGGCGCGCACCAGGCUGACCGCCUGCGCGAGCUCCUCGAUGCCUUCAUCGACAAGUUUGUUCUUUGUGCGUCAUGCAAGAACCCUGAGACCGAGCUGGUCAUCACCGGCCGCGGCAACAAUGAGGACAUUCACCGUGACUGCAAGGCGUGCGGUGCACACACCGGCAUUGACAUGCGCCACAGGCUCACGGCCUUUAUCCUUAAGAACCCGCCUAAGAAGGACAAGAAGAAGGGCAAGAAGGGCAUGACUGCAGAGGCCAACGUUGGUGGCCCCGUCGUCUUUGACGAGAAGGAGGGCAGUAACGAGGAUGACAGCCCGAGCGCCACGCCCGCUGCUGUUCCGACUGAGGGCACAGAGAUCGACGCGAUGCUGGGCCGCGGCGGUGACCCCAUCCUCGACAACCCGGAUGCGCUUGCCAAGAAGGUCAAGAAUCUUGACGUUGACGACGAUGAUGAGGACGAGGACUCGCCCUUCUACCAGCUCCGCGUCUGGCUGACGGAGAAUGCUGGCCCGUCGGACGCCGAAGUUGUUGCUAAGCUUAAGGAGCUCGACAUUGUCACUAAACACAAGGCUCUUGUUGAGAUUGGCCACAAGCUCUUCACCCCCGAGAAUGUCGCCAAGGAGAUCGAGGAGCGCUCCAGCCUCCUCAACGCUCUUGUCACCUCGGAGAAGCACCAGAAGUCGUUCCUGGGUGGUCUCGAGCGCCUUGUCGCCCUCGCGCCCAAUGCCGACGACCUCAUUGCCAGUGGUAUCGUCUCGAAGAUUCUCAUGGCUGCGUACCAGGAGGACGUGCUUGACGAGGAUGUGUGCAUCAACUUUGGCACCCAUGUCAGCAAGAAGUACGUCAGCAAGGAGCAGAGCAAGAAGGUGCGCAAGGCGGCCGACACCUUCCUCAAGUGGCUUGAGGAGGCCGACAGCGACAGUGACGACGAGUGA